AUGGUUCACAAGGGACUUAUAAUCAAGGUCCUCCUUCUGUUUCUGUUGCUUCCAGGAUAUCUCAAGCAGCGUUCUGCAAAUAUGGUGGACUAUCAUGCUGAUAGUAGACGGCUAGAUUGUAGGGCCCCAGGCCUUGAUUCCACAUCAACAUUCAGCUUGCGUUGUGAAAGGUUAAAGCCUGUGCAAGAUGAACAUUUGAAUCAGUUCUAUCUUAAACAAUUUCCUAGGCCUUCUCAUUUGGAUACUGAGCCUGUUCCGAAAUUUGGGAGCCACUUCUGCUCAUCCAGACCCCUUGAUAGAGGUCCUCAUGGUUUUGGUAUUGAUACGGGACCAUGGGCUCAUGAGAAGGAACCUCAUGGGUUGAAUUUUGAUCCAGUGAUUGGCUCUGGUCCUUCUCGAAUCUUGCCACCAUAUCAACCUGAUGAUGGAGGAGAAAGACCAGUUGGUGUUCCAAAAGAUACUCUAGGCAGAACAAAUUUUCUUGGAACAGUUCCUAGCAAUGGUCAGCAUCAUGUAGAUGGUUUUGUUCCUAGGAGUCAAGGCAGAGAAUAUCCUGGCAAAUCUGUGCACGGAUUUGGAGACCAUCCUGGUAAUGAGAUAGAUGGCAGGGAAUGCCGAUUCAAUGAUAGGUUUUCAGGUUUGCCUGAACAUCUACAUGGGGGUGGAUUUGAGAGUUCUGAUCACAUGGCAAAGCAUUGGAGGAGUUUUGAUAUGAUUGGUCCAGAUAUUCGGCCUCUGCACUUUAGAAGGGGUGAACAUUUGGUUCAUCCUAACAUGCCUGGUCAUUUGCAGAUGGGAAAACCUAUUGGCUUUGGUGAUUUAUCUAGUCAUGAACGAAUGGGAGAAUUUGGUGGGCCCGGAAACUUCCGUCAAUCACGACUUGGUGAGCCAGGUUUUAGAAGCAGCUUUUCACUUCGAAAAUUUCCUAAUGAUGGUGGAAUCUAUACAGGUGAUAUGGAAUCAUUUGAAAAUUUAGAAAGAGAAAACCAAUGAGCAUGGGUUGGUGCCGCAUUUGUAGAGUAGACUGUGAAACCGUUGAAGGCUUGGACCUGCACUCACAAACAAGGGAGCGCCAGAAGAUGGCUAUGGAUAUGGUUGUUACCAUCAAACAAAAUGCAAUGAAACAGAAACUAACCUCCGGUGAUCACUCCAUACACAAUGAUUCAAACAAAUCAAAUAAUACAAAAUUGAAGGCCGUUUGAAUAAGCAUUGAGUCUUGAUGUGUGCUGUCUUAUAGAUUGUGGUUAUUCCAUUUCUGGCUUGGGAUUCAAUUUGUUGGUUUGGUGUUUGGCACAUAGUGAUGUAGGUCACUCACCCUUCAAUGGAUCUCUUCUACUUCUGGGUGGUUUAUGCUGGUCCUGUCAUUUCAGGUUGCUGCCAUGUUAAUGGUGAUAGUUUUUGGAACUGAAGUUUGGUGGCAGUUAAGUUUGUUGGUUUUUUAUUUUUUGAUAUGAUAUCUUUGCUUUUAUAACUUUAGUAUUUUUUUGUCAACUCCAGCAUUGUCUAGUUAAAAAUGUUUUUCUAUAUCAGAUUGUUUUUAACUAGUGCUUACUUUGCUUGUGAGAUGGUAUACUUUCCUAUAUAUGUGUCUAUAUUUAGUUUUCUUAUCCCUAGUUUUCUUAGUUAAGCUUUUGAAUUUUGUUUCAAUCAAAUGCUUCCUCAAUCUUUCUUAUUUUAUUUUAGGAUUAGAGUCUUUUUGUUACACCGGGUGGGAUUUGACUGAACAAACUGUUUUCCUUCCUGAGUCAUUGUUGAACUCAGCAUGCAACCUUUGCCACUUUUAUCUUUCUUUUAUAACAAAGGUUGUUGAUUAUCCAUUGGCAUUUGUCCAACUAUCUUUUUAUUGCCUAGAUGCUUUUGCUCUAUUUACUUUUCUUGCCCCUUGAAUUUUCAAAGGAUAAAACAUAAGCUAUACUGGAAUUUAAAAUAUUAACAAAGUAUUAUGAGUCAGCUGUAGAUGACUGAACAAGUGUACAUAAUGUGGUGAAGUUUAUAUGGGAACUUGUUCUUAAAUUGCUGUAAACAAGUAGCCUAAUUGUGGCAUCAAAUUCUUUCUAUAAUUAAUUUCUAAGUUAUAUAGUUAUAAAAGUUGUAUUUGAAAUUUAGUGUUUUGAAAACAUCUUCUUAGAUUUUGUAAACUUCAACUACUGUGGUCUUAUCUAAAUAUUAGUUCUCAAGAUUAAUCUGUUAUCAAAUGGUUGAUGUCUUGUGCAUGAAUUCCAUUAAAAUAAGGGGGGCUCCAAUUAAUGCUAAAAUAUGUUGACAGUUACAUCUGGUUACAGCUAAUCAAUAGAAUUUUUUAUGCCAAAAAAUAUUAAUAAUGCAACAUAUUCUGGAUUCUGGAUAUUAUUAGUUCCUUGCCAUAUUUGUAACUAGGAUCCUUUAAUGCACUGUAUUAAUUUGCUAGGAAAAUGAUUGUGCUAUAGAUUGCUAUCCUAUGGGCCCAAAGCAUUUUAUCUUUAUCAUCUUGGCAAGUUUAUGAUAUAAAUUCAACUUGAGGAUCUAUGUAUGCUUUACUGGUGGAAAAGAUUAUUGUAAUGGCAUGGUCAUCAAAAUGGGACCUGCAUGGUCAUUGAAUUGAAGUCCUGAAACAUAAAAAUUAGAAGCAUAAACCAAAGAUUGUUGGCUUUUAUACUCUGUAGCUUUUUUAUGUUACCUCUUAAAGUGUAUGAACUUUUCAAGACUUAGGCUAUGAGAGGUAGAUCUUUCUUGAUGGAGGAUAAUCACUUUUGUUGUAAUGAAUAAGCCCCUGGUUAAGACUGUUCAACAGCAUAUAACUAGCUAGGGGGGGAAUUGUCUCCAUCCUUUGAUGGCUUAUUUUCAACCUCCGAAUUUAUGAUACUAUCGUAGGUUCAAUAUCCUUGACAUAAAAAAAUUUAUAUUUCUUCUAGCUGGAAUUCCAAGAAAAUUUUAUCCAAGUUAUUGCUAUUUAGGUGCUUGGUUCCAUUAGUUCUAAAUUCUAAUACUAAAAUAAUUUCCUUUAGUUAUCUUUUACUUUUUCUCAGGUCCAAUGUUCUUUUAAACUUGAUAGAAUUGAUUUCGAUACUGGUGGAAUUUCUUUUUUUUUUUUUUCUAUGAUAGAUUUUUUCA